GAGCAGCAGUGUGUGAAUGUGGCAACCGAGGUAGACAGGGAGGGGUAGACAGACUGACCAGACCAGGUUUUUUCGUUGCCUUUUGUCUUUAUUUAGCUUUUCUCACAGAACCAAGUGUUUGCCAUCUACCGUACGCCACGGUGGUGAACUUGUUUGUAGACCAGAAAACCCGGCCGCAGCUGUUUUUCUUUGGGACUAACCAUUAUCGUUGUGAAAACAGCCCAGAAGAAAGAAGGAAAGGCAGGAACAACAUGGGGCGAUAAUAAUAAUAAAAAAAAGGUGUUGUGAACCGACGAUGACUCUCUGGGAGGAUCCGUGAAGCUUAUUUAUUUUUAUUUAUUCCCCCUCUUCCCUUUUCCCUGGUGCCCUUUUUUGUGUUUUAUUUUUACAUUUUCUCCCGCCUUGCUACUUUGGGAGUUUUUUUUUUUUUUUAAGGAAAAGGCAACGGGAUACGUUACAAGAGGACUUAAGGAUGGACCAAGCCGGCAUCCUGAGAAAGUUUAUCCAGGGAGUGAAGGCCAUGAGAGAGGGGGACGAGGAGAGGGGAGAGGACAACUUCGGCAGCGACUUUAUGCGUUUACGACGGUUAUCAACUAAAUACCGGACGGAGAGGAUCUACCCCACCAACGUAGGCGAGAAGGAGGAGAAUGUCAAGAAAAACAGAUAUAAAGAUAUUCUGCCAUUUGAUCAUAGCAGGGUGAAGCUGACGUUAAAAACAAGCAACCAAGACACAGAUUACGUCAAUGCUAACUUCAUCAAGGGUAUAGAUGGCCCAGAGGCCUACAUUGCUACUCAGGGCCCCUUGCCGAACACUGUCGUGGACUUCUGGAGGAUGAACUGGGAGUACAAUGUAGCUGUUAUUGUGAUGGCUUGUCGAGAGUUUGAGAUGGGAAGGAAAAAGUGUGAGCGGUAUUUCCCGAUGCACGGGGAGCAGCCCAUGAGUUUUGGCCCUUUCAGAAUCUCCUGUGAAUCUGAGCAGGCCAGAACAGACUACUUUAUCAGGACUUUGACGGUGCAAUAUGAGAAUGAAACUCGGAGGAUAACACAGUUCCAUUAUAUGAACUGGCCGGAUCACGACGUCCCCUCAUCGUUUGACUCCAUACUGGAUAUGAUCGCUCUAAUGAGAGAAUACCAAGAGAAUGAUGAUGUCCCUAUAUGUGUGCACUGCAGUGCAGGCUGUGGAAGGACGGGCGCUAUCUGUGCUAUCGACUACACAUGGAACCUCCUCAAAGCUGGGAAAAUACCAGAAGAUUUUAAUGUUUUUCGGUUGAUACAAGAGAUGAGGACGCAACGACACUCUGCUGUUCAGACCAAGGAGCAGUAUGAGUUAGUUCAUCGAGCGAUUGCCCAGCUCUUUGAGAAACAACUGCAGCAACUGGAGAGCUGCACCAACACGCAGAUCCACGAUGGCAUGGAUGAAAGCAGUCCAAAUAAAGCAGGCCAACAUUCAAAUGAUGAGAGAUGGGACACGCCGCCUCCAAAGCCUCCCCGCAUACGCAGUUCUCAGGCAGAAGGUGACGUAAAAGAGGAGAUACUCCAGCCCCCAGAGCCUCACCCUGUACCCCCCAUUCUGACCCCAUCGCCCCCUUCGGCCUUCCCCACCGUCACCAAUGUACGGCAGGACAAUGACCGCUACCACCCCAAACCUGUCAUACACGUCCUGGCUACCACGCAGACGCAGAAUAAAGAAGUGGAUAAGCAUCAGAACCAGUCAGAACCCAGUCCAAACAAGCAGACAAGUUACACAGAGCAGAAAGACCAAGAUCUACUAAGUCAAAAACGGCAGACUCAGGUCUCAAAUCUAGAUCUCAAUGACAACUAUAACAACAAAUUGUCUUCAUCGACAAAACCCGAAUCGGGCCAAGGCCAGACGUCCUCCUCGCCCCUCUCCCCAGCCGUUGAAUGUUCUGGUGCUCCUCGGAUCGAGAGGAAGCUGAGCAUUGAGAUUAAAAAGGUGCCGCUACAGGAAGGACCACGUAGUUUUGACACUUCCUCCUCCAUCGGAGUAGCAGCUGGAAUAGGCAGCGGAACAACCAACAGCGCAGCAAUGCUGCAUAGAAGCCACGCCUUCAAAGCCCGCACUGGCCAAUCCCUGCUGACAUCUAGCUCCUCACUGUCAGAGGACUCGGGCACGGAGGGAGGAGCAGGCGGAUGUGGGGAGAGUCACAUAGACGGAGGCGUCCUAGCCAGACCGAACCACCUCCCUGUGAAGAGCGAGAAGGGGGAGCCGCAGGGAGGAGAGCGGGCGGAGGUGAAGGCCGGCCACGCGGCGUGGGCUCAGCCCUGCGGCAGCCCGGAAAGACUGUUCCCCAAAACCUCCUCGUCGUCUUCCUCCUCAGACCGUGUCGCUCCCUCCUCCUCCUCCUCUUCCUCCCACCUCUCCUCCUCCUCUUCCUCCUCCUCAUCCACUCCCGUUAGGACUGCCCUGAGUUUCACCAACCCCUUGCACUCCGAUAACUCGGAUGAGGAGGGGGAUGGAGAGAUGUCCGGAGGAAAGGCAGCUUAUCGUACUAAUGUAUCCACCGUGACGGCCAUGGUAACCGCGCCUCCUCACCACGGAGAGCAGCAGCCGGUCCGGAAGGUGUCGCCCAUGUCCAUCGCAGGGCAGAGCACGCCGUCACCCUCUGGAAACACAGCAAACUGCUUGGACAGCGAUGACUCCCCUCCCCCUCUCCCUGCGAGAACCCCUGAGUCCUUCAUACUGGCCACAGACCCUCUGGAGGUGACAAGGUCAGCCUCAGCUGACUGGAGCGGUUCAUAUAAAGAUGUGUCCGAGUGUGUUAAGAAGACCUCUCCAGCUGACCCUGCAUCUGCUGGCACUGCAGCAACAGACAGCAAGGCAGACCUGGGUGGGAUUCGGUAACCGCUGCAUUCAGCCUAAAGGCCCUCGGGAACCCCCCAUGGAGUGGACAUGAUGGAACGGUCCAUCUGCCCCGUCCACCGACAGUGUCCUCCCCUUUUCAGGGGAUGGACUCUACUGAGCUCACCUGGCUGGUCCAAAAACCAAGUUGAUAGAUGCUUCACAAACACACGGCACAAUUUUACAUAGAAACACCUUCUGUGUAACUCUGUGCCAACACCUUCUCCAGUUUGACUCCUCCUCCUCCUCCUCCUCCUCCUCCUCCUCCUCCUCCUCCUCCUCAGCCCUUCCUUUAAAGUGCCACUGUGCAAAGCAGAAAAACACUUACUGGUCAAGUGGCUUUAGAACAAAGCCCACGUUUUCCUGUCCGGCUUGCUGGUGUUAGAGGUGUUGACUUCUGUAGACGCUGACCUGGGAUCACUCUGGUUACUUUCCUGUCAACGGUUAAAGGAUAAUUCCUGUAUUUCCCCCUCCUGUUUCUUGGUGACUUGAGAGAUUAAGAAGGGGUCCUUUUUUCUCUCUCUGAGCUGUAGACACAUCAUGAAAAGGUGUCCAUUCUGGGGCUCAAUAAAGAUGGAUUUAGGUGUGACAUGUUAAAUAAAUAAGUGUUCUACUUAAAUUAGCAGGAAGAACAUUUUCCGUUUUUUUCAUCAUAAAUCAGGAAUUAUCUUCAAUCAGGAAAGCUACUGUGGGAAGCUGAUUCCUGAGGUUUAACUGAACCCCCCCGGAAGUGUCUGCUUCCUCCUACUGAAUGAACAACAAUCUUCAAAGCGAACCUAGAUAAUCUGUUACCCAUGAUGUAACCUCUUCUGUUGGGUAUGUACAGGUUGCCAGGGUGCGCGCUCUCCCCCCCCCCUUCUGUGUGCUGGUGCUACAUUACAAAGGACCGGCAUAGAAACAGAAGCACUUGAGAUGACUUUUAACAACCUUCACCUGAUUCUCACCUCCGUUGUGGUUUCCCAUAGGGUUCAUUCCUGUGUAGACGGCAGUAAUGUCUGCUCUUGUGCUUUAUAUUUCUAUGCUGACCUCCCUGUUUACCAGAGUCAUAUAUUGAUAUAGUUUGGUCAUUGCAGUGGUCAGUAGCAGCCAUUUUGGCCUCAGACUUUGCUGUUAAAGAUGUUCAACGUUUUGGGAAAUAAUGCUUAUUUAUUUUUCUUGCCACUCUCAUGUCUAUGUUGUAAACAUGGGGCUGGAGCUAUAAGCUGGUUAGCUUAGCAUAAAGACUGGAAACAGCUAGCCCCCAAUAAGCAUUUUCACACAGAUUAAACAAAUAAAAUGUAAAGUGUAAAUUGGUGAGUUGAAGAGGUGUGGUUAGGCGGUUGACCUAAUUACCUCUGAAUAGAGCUGGCUAGCUGUUCCCGUCUGUUUCCAGUCUUUAUGCUAAGCUAAGCUAACCAACUUGAAGCUCUGCCUUUACGUUUACCGUAUAGACAUGAGAGUGGUAUCAAUCUUCCCAUCUAACUCUUUGGGGGGAAAAAAAGCAAAGAAGCAUACUUUUCCAAAAUGUGAAACCUUUUUUUUUUUUUUAAACAUCUGCCAAUUCUGUGGCAGUGGAUGUUAAUAAUGUAGACAUCUUUGUGUGGCGUGGCAUUGUUGAAUGCAUAGUAAAAAGUGAAUAAAUUUAGUAAUUCAGUGUAAUAGGAUUUUAUUGAUUGACUGAAUUAAGCAACAGUUGGGCUUAUGACCCUCAACUUUAUCUUGAUUUGUUGCAUACGUCUUUGAAUCACGGAACGUUUAACCCAAUGAGUGGCGUUCCCUUCUCAAGUUUCUCACAAUAAAAAGCAACUAUGAGAAAUGUAUCACCUGUAUCAAGCAACUUUUACAGCGCAAUUCCCAACUGUGUGCUCAGGAACUCUGCUAAUUCCUGUCAUGACAGAGAUAAAAUGACCUCAAAACACACUGGCAAUGGCCAAACUCAUCAGCUCUGUUACUCUGGCUCUCACUGCUGGGACCAUGAGCCUGCCUUAGUCCGCCUCUCAGAAAAGACAAGCCAAUCACAGUCCUCCUCAAUGUGGCUUCUCUCUUCAGUUCAUUUCACCCUCUGUGUAUUUGGCUUCUCUUGGUCUUUGCUUUGGACUCACAUUUGCUGUUUUAUUUAUUUUUCCCCCUGCACUGUCCUGUGCUCUCUUCCUGUCGUUGUACCUCUGCGUUUCUGUUCUCAUUCUCCUACUUCAGAGCCCCUGAGAUGAACAACCAUGCAAGUUCUUAUUUUAGAAGCCAGUUUACUCACAAUAAACCUCAGUUUUUGGAGUAGGAAUGUUACACAUCACUUAAAACUCUUACGGGACUUGACAGAUUAAUAUAAAGCCGGGUUUCCUAAAACAGAACACCCUUCUCUACAAAUAGGACUAGCAUGGUUUCUCAUCUGACGGCCAAAUCCAAAAAUCAUACUGUACCUGCUUCUGUGUGUGUGAGACAAAGAUGCAAGCAGCUAGGGACCCAGGACUACUGUUUUCUCCUUGAUUUUGUUCUUUGCUAACUUCUCCUUCAUUAGCUACCAUAACUAUACAGUAUAUGCAUUGUUUUUAAAGAUAAAGAACUGUACAGGACAGUUUAGGUAUAUAAUAUUUGAGAUUUGUUUUGUUAUCUCUUUAGAUAUUCUUAUUAACAGAAGAUGUAAGAAAGUCAGUGCAUGAUGAUGAUGAUGAUGAUGAUGAUUCCUCUCCUACACAGCGUUUCCCUUCAAACUGUAAAUUAUUCCUCUGCCCUUUUCUGUUUUUGCUUCUGGCAAAUAUUUCAGGGUUUGUUUUAUUUUUUAUUAUGUUGGAAAUAUAUGCUUAAAAAGAUUGAACUUUUUUUUUUUUUUUGAACGUUUUGUUUGGUUGGCAGAGGAAAAGCAUUGAGCAAGCCCCCUUUCAGAUAGCUAUACCGGGCUUUGAAUAAGAUUGUAAUAAUAAUAUUAAUGAUGAUAAUAAUAAUGAUAAUGGUCGUUUUUUUUUGUAAAUGGUAUUUUAAAAGUUAUUUUUGUAUACGCGGUUGUUUGUUGCGUCACAAGCCCACUGCUCCCUACCCAAACCUCUCCCUCUCUCUUCUCUUUUCACGUAAUCCCUCAACCUCUGUUAUACUUUUUACCCAAUUUUUUAUUGUUUACAGAUUUUUUUUUUCUUUUAAAGUAAAACAUGCAGCAGAGAUGGAUCUCCUGCUCUGGACAAGGAGCCUCCUUAAAACCUCCCCUGCUAUUUUUUCUCUGUUUAAUCUCCCGCUGUCAUUUCUGCCUAUUUCAUUUUUAAAAGCCCGUCAUUUUUAACGCGUCUAUGUUGCCAACAGGUCAGUUCUCUUUAACAAAGCAUCUCUAACUUGUUGAUGGUUCAAAGUAACUAAAUGCAAAAAAAAAAAAGACUAAUAGACGUAUUGAUGAAAAGUCUCAUUUCUUUCCCCAAUCCUCCUUUCUUUCUGCUUAUGCAGCACAAACCCACCCACCUACCUGCCCCCUUUCACAUGCAUACUAGCCUCAAUCUCAGAAAAGAGCCCACCUGUGCCUUUAAGUGAGAGCCUGCCCUGCCUGCUUUUCCCCUCUUCUCCAUUUGCGGCGUGAGCGAUGUGAUCCGCUGCUGUUUGCUCACUGCCUACCGUGGGACUCUGAUUCAGCCCCCCACCACCCCCCUCUGUGCCUCCCCUCACACAUAAACACACACACAAAAUGUUUGUAUGUUGCAGAAAUCAAUCAGUAAAAAUGAACAUUAAGAAAGG